AUGCUUGCAGCCGCGACUUCGUUUUUCUCCCGAACAGCCAUAUCUCAGUCGUAUAAUAUUGCCUCAUCAUAUGGCAGUAGGCCUUCCACCCCAGGUCCAUCGGGAUCUUCGAACCCGCUCCCAUCUCCAACAUUGCCAUCAGUUAAAGUUGGUCUAUGGAGAGUCCAGGCUGCAUCCCACAAAGUCACAAACAAGAAAGUUUCCGUAUGGACCCUUGACAAACGCGCCGAAAUGGAAGGUCUGGGCCCCAUAUCCAGGGAGCGGGUCUUGGAGGUUUUGAAGGCAGAGGCGGCAGCACUAAGCAAACUGCGCCAUCCUUCCAUCUUGGAAAUGGUCGAACCCCUUGAAGAAACGAGGAACGAGCUUAUAUUUGCAACAGAACCGGUCCUUUCGUCACUUGAUCUCUCGAUACCACGUGGGUCUCGCCAUACGCCUCUAGUUGAGCUAGACGAAAUCGAAAUUCAGAAAGGCAUACUGCAGCUGUGCAAAGGCUUGUCUUUCCUGCACACUUCCGCGAGACUGAUUCACACCAAUUUGAAACCCGAAUGUGUGAUUAUUAACGACGUCGGUGAUUGGAAAAUUUCUGGCCUCGGUCUUACCAUCCCCCUCGUUGGUGCGGAUGGAUCUCCGACCCGCUGGGAAUUUCCUGGUUUUGAUGGUCGCGUGCCGUCAUAUAUUCAGCGUUCUUUUGAUUAUAUUGCUCCUGAAUAUGCACUGGAUGAAGUCCUUAUCACUGCAUCAGAUAUGUAUUCCCUCGGUUGUCUGAUAUAUGCCGUACAUUGCAAAGGCAGUCCGCCGUUUAGAAACCACGGAAAUGUAGGAGGCCUGAGGGAUAAUGCUAGUCGUCCUGUGCCGGACAUCGGGCAGCUCGACACGGAUUUGCAAGACCUCCUUCGAUCGCUCAUUACUCGUGGCUCGAAUAGCCGACCGACCCCCUCGACGCUCCCUUCGCAUCCGUUCUUCUCCUCACUACCAAUCUCUACUCUUAACUUCCUAGACCGCUCGAACUUCACAGCAAAGACGCGAGAGGAAAAGAUUUCUUUCAUGCGUGGCCUCACAGGGGUUCUGGAUCGCUUCUCAGAAGGUCUGCGGACACGGAAGAUCUUGCCAUCCUUGCUUGAGGAGAUGAAAGACACGCAUUUGCUUCCGUACAUUCUUCCGAAUGUGUUUGCUAUCUCCAACGUUCUUUCUGCGCCGCAGUUUGCUUCGCUUGUUCUGCCUAGUCUUAAGCCCCUGUUCACCGUCAAGGACCCACCGCAGAACAUGCUGACGCUUCUGGACAAUCUCCACAUGUUGCAGAGUAAAACUGAAAAGGGCGUUUUUCGCGAACAGGUUCUCCCACUUGUGUAUCAUGCACUGGAGUCUGAGCAUGCUAUGGUACAAGAGCGUGCCCUCAAGGCGGUCCCAGAUCUUUGUGAGACGAUUGAUUAUGCUGAGGUUUCCGGCGUACUGUUCCCUCGAGUCGCCCUGGUAUUCACGAAAACGAGAAUACUAACUGUGAAGGUCGCUACGCUGGAAACGUUCCUCAGCUUGGUAAAGACCCUCGACCAGACAAAUCUCACGCAAAAACUCGUACCACUGCUAUCAAAAAUCCGAACGAAGGAGCCUGCUGUUAUGAUGGCAACGCUCUCGGUACAAGAGGCCAUGGGUGUGAAGGUCGACAGAGAAGCGGUGGCUACCCUCGUCCUACCGCAAUUGUGGACAAUGUCGAUGGGUCCUUUAUUGAAUAUUGAACAAUAUCAACGCUUCAUGAGCGUUAUCCGUAGGCUCGGUGAUCGCGUGGAAAAGGAACAUAAUCAGUUCCUCCGCGACUCGCAGAGGAUUGAGGAUCGUUCGGCAACAAACACCAAUGGUGUCACGUCGCCUGCCUUCAAAUCGGGUGUUGAUUUUGAAAGUUUGGUGGGACGUGCAAACGGUGCGACUGUGAAGCCGGACACGGUGAUCGAAGGAGAUAGCUCGAAGGGAUGGGAUGAUGACGUGUGGGGGACCAUUUUUAGCGGCACGCCCGAGCCGAUCCCAUCACAGAGUCCAACUCCAGGCCCUGCUGUUUCUACCAUAUCACCAUCAGUUCCUUUAACCAGUCAGGCGCAUUCACUACCGUCGUCACCGCGGAUGUCAUCGAUGCCACUAGUGUCUCGGCCACCACGGUUAGGUGCUAAGCCUGUCCCAUCUACCGCCUUCGAUACAUCUGCUUUCACAUCACCUACGCUACAUCCCAGUCAGCCAAAUCGUGUCUCAUCCCCAUCCGCGCAACCUCAGCGACUUGCAAGUUUCACAAUGCCACCGCCCCCGCUGCCACCUCCACAAAGGCCUAAUUACAAUGUCUCGUUAUCUGACUUCGCCGCCAUGUCUCCGAGCACUAUUGCUUCUGUGCCGAACUAUAUCCCAUCAGGUUAUACCACAAUACAGCCUACUUCUCCUGCACUCUCGAUGUCGUCACCUCCUCUACACGCAUCACCACUGUCGAUGGGGAGCAUACUAGCACCUACUCGACCGACAACUGCUACAAGGCCGAUCUCAAAAGAUGACUGGGGAGACUUCGAUCCUCUCAAGUGA